CGCGAGAUAAACCUUGUGAUAAGGACACGUGGGAAUUUCGCCACUUGUACCCCCUCGACUCACACUCGACCAUUUCUGACCGUCACUUGGAUUCGACCGGACACCGAGACAGCACCUGACCAUGAGUGACGACGAGAAGAAGGCGGAUGUGGCCUCCAUCAAAUCCAUUGAGUCUAAAAAGGAUGAGAAAAAGGACGUCGAGGCGUACACUGGACCUCCUUUGAAGUACCCAAAAUCGGUUUUCUUCAUCAUUACCAACGAAUUCUGCGAACGUUUCUGCUACUAUGGAAUGCGAACAAUUUUAUCCCUGUACUUCGUGGCGUGGCUCAAGUACUCUGAGGACCAGGCGACGACGGCGUACCACGGCUUCCUCGUUUUGUGUUACUUCACGCCAGUGCUGGGGGCAAUCAUCGCUGACAGUUGGCUUGGCAGAUUCAAAACCAUUCUGAUCUUAUCGAUAGUUUACGCGUUUGGCAGCGUGUUCAUCUCCUUAUCCGCCAUUCCAAACUUCUUGCCUCCUGAAGCGUUCACGUGGCUGGGUUUGGUGCUGAUCGGUCUCGGAACGGGAGGAAUCAAGCCGUGCGUGUCCGCCUUUGGAGGCGACCAGUUCGUCGUUCCUGAACAGGAGAAGCAGCUGCAGAAAUACUUCUCCAUCUUCUACCUCUCUGUGAAUGGCGGCAGUCUGUUGUCCACCUUCCUCACGCCCAUCCUCAGGGAGGACGUCAACUGCUUCGGCAGGGACGACUGCUACUCCUUGGCCUUUGGCGUUCCUGCAAUCCUCAUGGUCGUUUCCCUGGUCAUCUUUGUCGUCGGCAAGCCCAUGUACAAGUGCAAGAAGCCUGGUGGAAACAUCGUCGUUGAUGUUUGCGCGUGCAUUGGCCACGGAAUCAAGAUGAGGAUCAGAAACCGCAAGGGAGAAAAGAAGGAGCACUGGCUGGACCAUGCUGAGGAAAAGUACGGCAAGAAAAUGGUCCAUGACGUCAAGCUCGCCCUCAGGGUUCUUGCCAAGUUCCUCACGGUGCCCAUUUUCUGGGCCCUUUACGAUCAGCAGGGUUCUCGCUGGACCUUCCAGGCGACCAGGAUGGACGGUGACCUGGGCGGCUUCACCGUCAAGCCUGACCAGAUGCAGGUGGUCAAUCCUCUGAUGAUUGUGGUGAUGAUCCCGCUUUUCGAGACGGUCUUUUAUCCUCUGUGCAAGAAACUCAACAUCCUGCAGAAGCCGCUGACCAAAAUGUACGUGGGCGGAACCAUGGCCGGCGUGGCCUUCAUCAUGUCCGCCAUCGUUGAGCUGUUCAUCAAGCCGUCAACAGCCAUCAUUCCCUCGGCGGGCGAGGCGCAACUCAGGAUUUUCAACACCAUCAACAACUGCCCCGUCGUUAUUUCCGCUUUGGACGAUGCUGGCAAUCGGCUUAUCCCUGACAGUACAAUCGAAUAUCUGGGCAUGUGGGAGAACCUCUACUUAUCGGCAAAGGAAAAGUUUGAUUUCACGUUGAACGUGGGCAAUGACUGCGUUGGAAUUAACAACAGGACAUUCCGUAUCUCUUUGGAAGAGGAAGUCUCCCAAAGUUACGUUCUUCACAAUGGAAUCGGUGCUUCAACUCAAAUUAAGAUCACAGAACGGUUAUUCGAUUCUCCUGAAAAGUCGGAAAACACCAAGGGCAAAGUCAGAGUUGUUGUAGACCCCCAGAAUGCAGGAGACAACAUUGUCAAGUUCGCGUCAGGCUCGAAAGUUAAAGAAUUUACCGUGAAUCAUACUAUAAUUGCUUCUGGAGUGGAAGAUCUGGAUCCCGCUGAGUACACGGUUUCUCUGAACGGUGUGGACCUUCCAAACAAAUACUCCAUCCGAAAUGGAGGAGUCUACACCUUUUUGUUGGACGAGGAUGGCAGUAUCAUCAGCCAGAAACAAAUUACACCUCCAAACAAUGUCCACAUGAUGUGGCUGAUUCCACAGUACUUUGUGAUGACCUUUGGUGAAAUUUUGUUUUCGGUCACUGGUCUCGAAUUUGCAUUUACACAGGCUCCUCUAACUAUGAAAUCUGUCAUGCUCGCUGGUUGGUACGUGGCCGUCGCCGUCGGAAACUUGGUCGUCAUUUUCGUGGCCGAGGCCAAGAUCUUUGAAGAUCAAAUGUGGGAGUUUGUAUUGUUUGCCGGAUUGAUGUUCAUCGGCAUGAUAAUCCUGUUCAUUCAGGCUUGGGGCUAUGAAUAUGUGUCGAUUGCUACCGAAGAAGAGCAACCAAGCGGCGAUAACCAACACCGAGACAGUAUCAGGAGCGCUAACAAAGAAGAUUAAUCAUCCCGCCCGAGACAGACGUCGUUGUAAUUUUAAGAACAAAUAUAAGAAUAUAUUAUCGAUGCAUUGUGUGUUAUCUGAACUGAUAAGAAUAGAUUUCGUACUUAUUA